UCAAUAUGUUAGGGAGAUUGAAACUAGCAUAGGAAUAUAAGAUCAAUAGUCAAUAUCGGUACUCGGUCCGCAUCAUUUACCUUUUCAGAGUACGUGUAUGUGAAAACCCCAAACUACUCCGUUGAUCAUCAAACGUCGAUGGUGUUGUUCCCCGAGAAGAAACCAUUACAGUGGUCGCGGCAGUUUCCGAAGUGAUCGACGGCCAAUCCCAAUGAAUCUAGCAACUCCCUUUUCCUCUCAAGAGAUUCAACUUGAGCGUCAAAUUGAGUAAAAUCUACAAUUAUUCUGUCUCUGGAGGAGAGAGUGGGAGAGAGAGAGAGGCAAAAGAAGAUGUCAGGCGAAAGAGAGGAAGGCGAUCAGGACCAUGUGCUGCUACUUAGAUCGAGGUCUGAGAGGGAGACGACGACUGCUGAUCACUCCACCUCCGAACAAGAUCCCGCUGAAGGAGGAGUUGUCGUCGUCGGCGGCAUCACCAAUCUAAUCUCAAAACUGAAAUCACCAAUGGUUAAUCUAGAUCGUGGCGGCAGUGGUCGCCGCCAUAGCCAUAACCUCAGCCUCAACAUCAGCAGCCUCAACAGAGAUAGAGAUAGAGAUAGAGAUAGCUGGAAGCCAAUUGGGGAUGAGGAAGAUCCCCCGGCCUCUUCUUCCUCUUCUCCAUCUUUUGCUUCCCGUCGUCGACGUCAACACCAUCAUUUUCAUCAUCAUCACCUUGACCAUGACUCCCAAUCAGGUGGUGAGGCCCUCGGCGAUCCUCCUGAAUGGGCUUUGCUUCUCAUUGGCUGCCUUCUCGGCCUUGCUACCGGUCUGUGUGUUGCUGCUUUUAACCGUGGGGUGCAUGUCAUUCAUGAAUGGGCUUGGGCUGGUACUCCAAACGAAGGUGCUGCUUGGCUACGCUUACAAAGACUUGCUGACACUUGGCAUCGUAUACUUUUGAUACCAGUCACAGGUGGUGUGAUUGUAGGUAUGAUGCAUGGUUUACUUGAAAUCUUGGAGCAGAUAAGGCCCUCUGGCAGCUCAAAAUCUCCGCAAAGGCAAGGUUUUGAUGUCCUUGGUGGAGUAUUUCCCACAAUUAAAGCAAUUCAAGCGGCAGUGGCUCUCGGCACUGGUUGUUCCUUGGGUCCUGAGGGUCCUAGCGUAGAUAUUGGAAAGUCAUGUGCCCAUGGAUGCUACUUAAUGAUGGAAAAUAACAGAGAAAGAUAUAUUGCUCUUAUUGCGGCAGGUGCAGCUGCUGGAAUUGCUUCAGGUUUUAAUGCAGCAGUUGCUGGUUGUUUCUUUGCUAUUGAAACGGUAUUAAGACCUCUUCGUGCUGAAAAUUCACCACCAUUUACUACUGCAAUGAUAAUACUAGCUUCUGUUAUUUCAUCAACUGUGUCAAAUGAAUUGCUAGGGAACAAAUCAGCUUUUACCGUGCCAUCAUAUGACUUGAAAUCGGCGGCAGAACUGCCAUUGUACUUGAUUCUGGGUAUGUUGUGUGGUGUUGUUAGUGUCGUUUUCACGCGCUUAGUAGUUUGGUUUACCAAGUUCUUUGAUUUCAUCAAAGAAAAGUUUGGCCUUCCUUCUGUUGUCUGUCCCGCGUUAGGAGGUUUAGGGGCAGGGAUAAUAGCCCUGAAGUAUCCUGGAAUUUUGUAUUGGGGCUUCACAAAUGUUGACGAAAUUCUCCACACUGGGAAAAGUGCUUCAGCACCUGGUAUCUGGCUUUUGGCUCAGUUAGCUGCAGCAAAGGUUGUAGCAACAGCUCUAUGUAAAGGAUCUGGAAUCGUAGGUGGCCUGUAUGCGCCAAGCUUGAUGAUUGGUGCUGCAGUUGGUGCUGUUUUUGGAGGUUCAGCUGCAGAACUGAUUAAUUCAGCUUUACCGGGAAAUACUGCUGUUGCCCAGCCUCAGGCGUACGCUCUGGUUGGAAUGGCUGCUACCUUAGCUUCUGUUUGUUCUGUACCCUUGACAUCUGUUUUACUUCUUUUUGAGCUGACUAAAGAUUAUAGGAUAUUGCUUCCACUCAUGGGGGCUGUUGGUUUGGCAAUAUGGGUUCCUUCUGUUACAAAUCAAGGAAAUGAGACUGAGUCAACUGACUCAAAGAAUUCUACAAGAGGCUAUUCUUUUGUUUCUCCCCGUGAUGAUGCUGAGGACAGGGACACUGGAGGUGGAAAUCAUUUAGAGCUCUCUGUCAUGAGAGAUGUUCAUAUUCUCAGAUCAAUUGACGAAGAACUAUGUUUAGAUGGUCUUAAGGUCUCCCACGUUAUGUCGAAGAACUAUUUGAAGGUUGGCCUGGAAACAACUUUGAGAGAUGCAAUGAAAUAUAUGCGUGAAAACCAGCAGAAUUGUGCCCUGUUGGUUGAUGAUAAGAAUCUUCUGGAGGGUAUCUUGACGAGUGGUGAUAUUGAACGCUGUUUGUCCAAAAAUACUGGCAAGGCUCUCAACAGCAAGUCAGCAUUACAGGAUGUGUAUGCGUGUCCAGUGUAUUCUAUCUGUACUCGUGGGAUGAACUACCGGGGAAUAGAGCGUGGUGUUUUGACUUGCUAUCCAGACACUGACUUAGUAACGGCCAAGGAUCUAAUGGAGGCUAAGGGUAUUGGGCAGCUACCUGUUGUUAUGCGAGGUGGAGACUCCCGGGAAGAAAGAAGGCGGAGAAUUGUAGGGGUCCUUCAUUACGAUUCUAUCUCAAACUACCUCAGAGAAGAACUCGCACAUCAGAGAUCACAUCAGCGAGGGGAAGCAGGUCAUCAAGGAGAAAUGGUUGCCAAUGGCCACCAAAGAAGUACUAGGUAACUGUGAAGAGGUUGCCCUUUCAAACCACAAAAGCCGCAGCUCAUAUGCAAACUUAUGGUGAUUGUUCGCUCAAAAAAUAUCAUCAGUGAGUUGGAAGUUGAUGAAUAACCUUGGGAAGUGGAUUAUUGCAAGCAUUUUUUUGCCGGAUGUGGUGUAUAAUGAAGAAUAUGGCCACAUCAUAGUAUUGCCAGAUGUAUAGAUAUGUAGUUUAUACUCGAUCCGUUUAUCUCUCUUGUCUAACCUAACCAACUUGGUGUAGUUUAUACUCCACAGUAUAAAGUAUCUAUAUAUCUAACCUGGUGUAGAUAGUAGAGGUUUCACCUUAUGACCUAGAGGAUUAGCUGCAGUUUUUGGAGAUAGGAAAACAAAGUAUCUAUCUAUCUAUCUAUCUAUC